UGUCUCCGCUAUGGAGUGUAAUCGUGUAACAUCGAAAAACAAUUGUUGUUUGCACAUCGCUAUCGUAACUUUUGUUUACAUGUCAUAAAUUUAUAAAAAAAAAAAAAAACUUAAUAUCCCUACCACCCACUGCUGGCCAGGAUGAAUGCGUCCAGCUUGCCAGUGGUGCUGAUGAAGUGCCGCAUCUGCCUGGGCGAUUUCGAGGAGGGCACGAUGAGUUCCCUGUUUGAGGAUUCUGCCGAAGGUGAGGAUGCCCUGAACGAGAGGGUUGAGUUUUGCUGCGGAAUCAAGGUCCGCCAGUCCUCUGCGAUGCCCGAGAAGGCCUGCAGCAGCUGCACCGAGUUCGUGCAAAUGUGGUUCAACUUUCGUCAGAUGUGCCUUAACUCGCAGGUCUACUGGGAAACUACUUGCCCGGACUUGGAGAGACCGGAGGCUCUGGCCCAGGCCAGCGAUGCUGAGUAUAUGGAGUACCUCUACCAAACACUGCAGCUCCACUUAAGUCCCGAGAAAAACAGCUCAGAGGAGAUUGACCAAGCAGAGGAGCAGGAAGGACAGCUGGAGGAUCAGUCCCAGGAUCUUAUCGACGGAAUCAUUAUAAACGAACCCAUUGAAGAGGAAAAUGAGCCCAUUAAGGAGAACUCGGAACAAGUGUUGAUCUCCCACCUAGACUAUGUGGAUGAUCCAGAAAUGGAGGAAAUCAUUGAAGAUAAAGGUGAACUUGUCGAGGACUUGAGCCUUCUGAACGACGAGUUCUAUGAGAUCGACUACGAGCAGGAGGAAAUCAACGAAGGAGAGUAUCAUUCGCUCACUCCCUCGCCCGAUUUAAGCACCGAGUCGAAUAAACGCCAACUGGGAAGGCCCCGCAAGGCGGUCAAUCGCAGGACGGGAAGGCCACGCAAGCCGGACCACGAACUCAAGUUCAAGCGCAGGGAGGCCAAACCCAAGGCAACCAAGGACGACGACCAGUUUAUGUGCAAUUUGUGCGGCAAUGUCUAUACCAAGAAAUCCGUUUUCACAGCCCACAUGGUGACACACACGGAAUACAAGCCACACCAGUGCGAAAUUUGCACCAAAUCGUUUCGACAAAUGGGCGAGUUGCGGGCCCACAUCCGUCGUCACACGGGCGAGCGUCCCUACAAGUGCAUGUACUGCGAGCGGCACUUCUACGACCGAAGCGAACGGGUUCGCCACGAGCGGGUGCACACCAAUACGCGGCCUUACGCCUGCCAGGAGUGCGGCAAAACCUUCACGCACACGGCCAUCCUCAAGAAUCACAUGCUAGUGCACUCCGGCGAGAAAAAUUACAACUGCGACGUAUGCUCCAAGUCCUUUACGCUGCUGCACCAGCUGAAGGCCCACCUGCUGACGCUCACACAUCGCACCAAAAUGGAGCAAGCUGUUUCCAGAGCCGCGGAGUUCAUGCAAAGCUAAUGCGCCACAAUAGUUUUCCCAGUAGGCUAGAGAAAGACAAAGGAAAAACACGUUUAUCAUUUUUAUUUAUUAGCUAUUCCAUCAGUUCGCUAUACUCCAUAGCCAUCGAUACGCCCAUGAGGUGCGUAUGCGUCUUCUCGUGCGCCAAGAGCUGGUGCUUCAGGCGGAAGUCCUUGUCGCAGAUGAGGCACUUGUGCGGCUUAUCCGACGAGUGGAGGAGGUAGUGGGCCUUGCGGGAGGUGGACAGCGAAAAGCUCUUUCCGCAAAUGUUGCAGGCGUAGGGUUUCUCAUUCGUGUGCAUCCUGCAAUUAAGAGAAUACAAAUUAAAAAAUACCAAAAAGGUUUCUUGGUUAUUAUAAACAAAAUUAAAUUUUAAAUAAAUCAAAAUAUCAUACCGUU